UCAGACUGCAGGUCUGAUUAAGCCACGCACUCCUCUAGAAAGAUAAAGGCUACUCUUGUUAGGGAUAAAGAUAUUUCAGCCAUUGGGGUGCCUCUCUCUCUCUCUAUCUGUGUGUGUGUCUAUCUGGUGUCUGUUGUUACAGCAGGUUCUCUAUGUGAGUGAGUGUGGGUGUGUGAAAAGUGUUCAUGGUGCGGGGUGGGUGCACAGCCUAAAUCCGAGUGACCAAAAGCAGUCCGCUCCCCUCCGGUCGUUCUCAGUGCCUACCUUCACACACACAAGGUAGGGCACACUGCUCUGGUCUGCCAGAGCAUACACACCUACACACACCUACACAUACACACCUAUACACACCCAGCCUCCCUCUUCCCGGCACCCUGAGCGACCUCUCACCAUUGGCCAGGUCCCCUAGCCCUCAGCAUCUCCAUCACGGCUGAAGGGACCAUUCGGGAAAACAGGAGACAGAGGUUUUCCUUGCAGUCGUAACUCACUGCCAUCCUGUCCACAAACCUCGGUGGAAUUUCGAGUGUGAGUGCUGAGACAGGCCGGGACGUGGACUCAUAAAGAACCUCUGUGAAGGCCGAGGGGGCAAGUGGACUAUGAGGAUGUUAGCGAGGCUCAUAUUGGGACUCUUCGUCCUCAAAGCGGUGGUGGCCAGCCCCAGAUUUGCCCGGCAGGUGGAAUUAGACACGUACGACAGCGCCAACUACGAUGUGGAUCUAGAAAACUUGAAUUUGGAAAACCAGGAUGUCUAUGAUUAUGAAGAUGGACUGACUAUUGACGAACCUCAGAUAGAGAUUGGCACACUGGCCCCACCAGACUAUAACUACCCUGGCCCUGGGGGCCCUGCAUCACUGGAGGAGGAAGAGGAGGAGGAGUUGCCCCUAAGACCCCAGCUCAUCCCCCAAGGUUCAGGGGGGUCUGGGGUACUCAUGGGCCCCGACGCACAGGGAGAGGAGGAGCUGCGCCUGAGUCCCAUUGACAUCCUUCAAAUCUCCGGGGACUUUGGGGGUUCCACGGGUUCUGGAGGUUCCAGUGGCUCUGAGGGUUCCGGAGGUUCUGGGGGUUCCGGAGACCUUUUGGCUUCCGGUUCUGGGGACCUUUUGGGUUCUGGAGGCUCAGGGGCUUCUGGGGAAAUUGGUUCUGGGGGUUCUGAGGACCUUGGUUUUGGAGGUUCUGGGGGUUCCGGGGUACUUGGUUCUGGAGACUCUGGGGGUUCCGUGGACCUUGGUUCUGGAGGCUCUGUGGGUUCCGGGGAACUUGGUUCUGGAGUCUCUGUGGGUUCCGUGGACCUUGGUUCUGGAGGCUCUGUGGGUUCCGUGGAUCUUGGUUCUGGAGGCUCUGGGGGUUCCGGAGAUCUUGGUUAUGGAGGCUCUGUGGGUUCCGUGGACAAUGGUUCUGGAGGCUCUGUGGGUUCCGUGGACCUUGGUUCUGGAGGCUCUGUGGGUUCUGUGGACCUUGGUUCUGGAGGCUCUAGGGGUUACGGGGAUCUUGGUUCCGGGACCCUCCUAGGCUCAGGUGGUUCCGGGGACAUAUUGGGUUCCAGUUCUGGAGGUUCCGGAGGUUCUGGCUCCAGGGGUUCCGGGGCUUCAGGAAUAAUAAUUAUAUCUGGAGAGGAGGAGCUGCCCCUCAUUCCCGACAUUAUCCCCCAGGAGGCAUUGGGUGCUUCUGGGGAGUCCGGGGCCUCAGGGCCUGGGGGCUCCGACUCUGGUGGGUCAGAGGUCAUAUUAAUCCCUGACCCUGAAGAAGAGGAGGAACUGCUCCUGACUACCCCGAAAACCCCUCAGGAGUCUGGAGGUACAGUAGGCUCAGGGGGUUCUGGGUUGCCAGAGGUUGACUUGGACAUUAAAGGGAUGCCUACCUGCCUGCUGUGCACCUGUCUGGGUGGUUCUGUCUACUGUGAUGAUGUGAAGCUGACGAGCGUGCCGCCUCUCCCCAAAGAGACCACUCACUUCUACGCCCGCUACAACCACAUCACCAAGAUCAACAAGGGCGACUUUGCUCAGAUGAACAAGUUGAAGAGGAUAGACUUGACCGCCAACGAGAUUGCGUCCAUCGCUGAUGAUGCGUUCUCCGGCCUGCCGGUGCUGGAGGAGCUGGUGCUCCGUGAGAACGGCGUGGCACAGCUGCCUGCCCUUCCGCCCAUGAUGACCCUCGUCGACGCCAGCCACAACAACAUUGGCGCCACGGGCAUCCACAAAGAAGCUUUCAAGGACAUGACUGGUCUGCUGUACCUGUACCUAACAGACAACCACAUCGACCACAUCCCUGUGCCCCUACCGGAUAGCCUGCGCUCUCUGCACCUACAGCGCAACAACAUUCAGAUGAUACACGAGGACACGUUCUGCAACCUGAAAGACUUCAACUACAUCAGGAACGCACUGGAGGACAUUCGCCUGGACGGCAACCCCAUCAACCUCAGCAGGACCCCACAGGCCUAUGUGUGUCUGCCCCGCGUUCCCAUCGGAGCCCACAUCUAACCACACACUGAUACAUACAUGUGAAUACUCUAACACACGCAUACUUACACAGCUCAACUCAUUGUCUAUCAGACAUAUGUACAUACCACACACUUACCUACGGAGACAGAUCCUAAAAAUUGUCCCGUCUAUCAGUUCAAUGGCAAUCUGCACAUACAGUAAAUACCAGUACACACAAUCUACCUACCUUACCUAAUUUAAGCCUGAUCGGUUGUUGAUUGCAUACAUAACACAUACCAAGUGAGAGAAAUGGUGUGUAUCUCUCAUUCCUACACAUACACACACAAAUACACACCAGAUAACUUUAUUUGUCAAAAGCCAAACUGUUCUGCAACUUGAUGCAAAGAGACAAUUAAAAUUUGACAUUUUAUUGAUCCAACAAUCAAACAUUGUUUCGUGUCUGUUCACGACUGGCAAUGACAACCAGUAAUAUUGUUUAAAUAUGUUUUUGUAAAGGAAAAAAUUUAUAUUACAGAAAUCUAACACUAUUUUU